UUUGCCGCAUAAUUUUAUAGUACGAACGUCAAACAAUCUUUGAGCGUUAGUUUAAAUUUAUUAAAUUAUCGGUGCCGAUUUUUGAAUACAUUUGUCGAAAGUGAAACAAAUAAGUGAUGUUUCCGCAGAGUUCACAGAGAAGAUAUUGGAUAUUUAGCGAUGAAAACGAUUUAACAGCGUUAAGAGAGAAAACAAAUACAGAAUUUAUUCAAAAACAUGGCGCAAGUAUGACGCCAGAGCAAAGGGCAGAGCAUUUUCUAUCCCACACAGAGGAACGUACAUUACUUCGUUUCUAUGAAACACAAUUAAGAGACUUUUGUCGUCGUUUUACACCUUCAAUGCCACGUCCUACCGUAGCAACUGCAUUGCAUUAUUUCAAAAGAUUCUAUCUCAGAAACAGUGUUAUGGAUUAUCAUCCCAAAGAGAUAUUAGUCACAUGUGUCUACUUGGCUUGUAAAGUAGAAGAGUUCAAUGUAUCUAUAUAUCAGUUUGUGGCUAAUAUUAAAGGAGAUAGAGAAAAGGCAUCAGAUAUUAUACUUAAUAAUGAAUUGCUCCUUAUGCAGCAAUUGAAUUAUAAUUUAACAGUGCAUAAUCCAUUCAGACCUGUAGAGGGUUUCAUGAUAGAUAUCAAGACAAGAUAUACUUCUUUGGAAAAUCCAGAAAGAUUGAGGCCAUAUAUCGAUGAGUUUUUUGAAAAAAUAUUUUUAACUGAUAGUGUUUUACUAUAUACCCCAAGUCAAGUUGCAUUAGCUGCUACAUUACAUGCUGCAUCUAGGGCAUCUGCUAAUUUGGAUAAUUAUGUAACUGAUAUUUUGUUUUCCAAAGAACAUUUAGGGAGUAUAAUAGAAGCAGUAAGAAAAAUAAGAUCUAUGGCAAAAUGUGUAGAAUCACCUUCAAGGGAAGUGAUAAGACCUUUAGAAAAAAAAUUAGAAAAAUGUAGAAAUCAGGAAAAUAAUCCUGACAGUGAAAUUUAUAAACAAAGAAUGCAAGAAAUGUUGGAUGAAGAAGAUUUGCAGGACAAUGAAAAAUAUGCUAAAAUUAUACAAGAUCAAGCAGCUCAUGAUGAGAAGAUCUUGGGUGUCAGCAAAGUUCUGUCUCCUUCAACUUUAUAAUAAAAUAAUAUUUUGAAUGA